UUUCUUGAAUUACUUUAUUGGGAGAACUUAAUUUUUUCCAAAAAAAAACAAAACACCCUUAAUAUUUGGGUCAUUUUAUUAAUUUCACUUUAUUAGAAUGAUAGAAAAUAGUACAAAUGACUAAAUAGGAGAAAUAUUUCAAGCCCCAUAAAAUCUGUAAAAUCCAGGAGCUUUCGGGGGCUUCGCCCUGGACCCACUGCCUCAUAAAGUGGCGCCCCCGUAACCGCAAUUCCUGAAUCCGCCCCUGCAAAAGAAAAUAUACUACACAAAAUUUUUUACAAUAUAAAUAAUUUUUUAUAAUUCAAAGUAACAAUUAUAAAUACAAAUUGAAAAAAAUAUAUACAAUACAGGGGGGGGGGGGGGGUGUGGGGAUAAAAUACUACAAGGAAAUAAAAUGGAGUUGAGAAAACAGAAAGUUAGAAUUGAUAGAUUAAUAAAUUCUUGAUUAAUAAUAUCAAGAAAUAAAAAUAUUGAAAUAAAACUGGGAAAAUAAGACGUAAGAAUGAAAAUAAGAAAAAAAUAGAAAUGUUAAAAUCAAACUAUGGCACUAAUAUCCCUCCAUAUUGGCUUGCGUUGUACCGAAUACAUUUAUCGGGAGGCAGGAAAGGACAUUCUAGAAAUGGCGAAGCCACUUGUUUUCGUAACGCGAGUCCCUCCUCCACAGGGAAUGAAAUUAAUAGAGGACAGCUGCACGACGCGAGCAAUGAGGGAGGAUCGAUUCAUUACGCGGGAGGAGAUGUUGGAAGGCGUGGUUGGUGUGGAGGGCAUUUUGUGUCAUCCUCCCGACAAAGUUGACAAAGUAGUGCUUGACGCUGCAGGACCAUCUUUAAAAGGUGUCAGUACCAUGUCCGUCGGUCUCGAGCAUAUCGAUCUGACUGAGUGCAGAAAGCGAGGUAUUAGUGUUGGUUACACGCCCAAUGUACUGACAGAUGCAACGGCGGAGACGACCGUCUCUCUUCUGCUGGCUACAUCACGUCGAUUGAAAGAGGCAUUUUCUGCGGUUGUUGAUGGUGGAUGGGGAUCUUGGGAGAACGGAUUGUAUUUGUGCGGGAAGACUUUGCUCGAAUCAACUGUGGGCAUCGUUGGACUGGGAAGAAUCGGAUUGGCCAUUGCAAAGCGACUGCAGCCAUUUGGCGUGAAGAAAUUGUUAUACAGUGGGAACUCAAGGAAAGAAUGGGAAGAAGAAGUGGGGGCUGAAUUCGUGAGCUUUGAACGUCUGUUACAAGAAUCGGACUUCGUCAUAGCAUGCUGUUCAAUCAAUAAGGAAAAUGUCGGUUUGUUUAAUAAAUCUGCCUUUAGUAAAAUGAAGAAAAGCGCCAUUUUCAUCAACACGAGUCGUGGAGUGUUGGUCCACCAAGAUGACCUCUAUGACGCGUUAAAGUCAGGAACUAUUAUGGCGGCAGGAUUAGAUGUUACAAGUCCGGAGCCCCUUCCUCGCGAUCACCCUCUGCACUCCUUGAAGAACUGUGUGAUUACGCCCCAUAUAGGUAGUGCGACAGUUUAUGCACGGAAUGCAAUGGCGGACCUUGCUGCUAGAAACCUGAUAGCAGGAUUGAAGGGGGAGGUACUACCAUCACCAGUACCCCAAUGAACUCCAUUACUCCGCCUUUUAGUUUGGAAUUCAAUCAUGAUUUCGUAUUUCUGAAUUCCACAAUGUACUAAACAGAUAUUUCUUUUCGUCGUGUAUUAGAGACACUUUUUAAUUAUAUGUAGAUCUUACA